GUGCCGUCCAUCAAUCGCUACAAAUGCUUCGAAGCGUUUUUACUUCUCUCUCUUUCUUCGUUUGCAUCCGAGAAAUAGAACGAGAAAAAGAAACGCUUCAAAACAUUUGUAGCGGUUGCCGAACCGCACUCCGAGACGAUGCGUAGCCGUUAGUCUGCAGCGUUGUGUGUGUGUGUGUGCAUGUGCGCAUGUGUGCGUUGUGUGAACUUUGUUCUUUCUUUCUUUAACGCGAAUUUACGUUCGCUCUAAUGACAAAAAGUACAACCUGAUAUAAGUGAGAACGCGAUUUCUUACAUUGUGCAACUGUGCGAUACUUCCUAUCAUCCUUGUUUCGUACCAGUGGAAUAUUCUUCUGUCUCUCUCAGGAUGAGUCACGUGAUCUGAAAUGUGGAAAUGGCCACGUACAUUGUCGGUGAGGUUUAUUGGAUAACGUGACUAUCGUUCUUCAUCCAUUGUAGUAUUUAUCGGGAGAUUAUUUUAUCAUUAGCUUUCCGAUAUUCCUGAUCUCCUUUGAAUAUUCUAAGGACGUAGUUUUGUCGAGCGUUGUCACAACUAUGAUAACAUUAACGUGAUUUACAACUGCUCGCCACACCCGCAGCGUGCUUAACGAUUUCUCCGAGUUCCCUACCGCGGACGAAGCAUUCCUGCGCAUCGUAGCUCAGGCAAGGUAUGUUCCGGAUACCUAAAUCUACAAUGCCUUGCACCACUGCUACGACAAUGGCAAAACGGUCUAAACAAGCUCAAGGUUGUCAGUACACGUCCUACGAGUGCACGCAGCCGUGCCUGGAAGAUUAUUCUUAUUGUGUCAAGCACAUCCUCGAGGAUCCUAGCGCGCCUUACAAACAGUGCGCUUUUAUCUAUAAUAAUAAUGGAAGAAAAUGUCAAAAUCCGGCUCCGAAACUGGACAGGAGAGACAUCUCGUACUGCAGCGAACAUUCUAGGAAGGCUCAGAUCUCACGCGUUAAGUCGACGUCACGACGUUCUCUGCCGCAAACGCCAGAAAUGCUGCUGCUCAAUCUGAGUCACUACGUGAAGCCUGCGGACUCGAGCGCCGAGGACACAGAAGAGGAGACCGGCAAAGUGAAAGCUCUGGAUCCUUUCACGGAAGUUGAUGCUUACAGAGUAAAUGCAAGUGGAUGCGACAUCUUAGAUUAUGCCAGUUCCUCAGAGAGCGACGUUGAACCCACAGUCGUUAGCGACACACACAGGGGGGUUUAUCUCGAUGACAGCGAUAACGAGAGCUUGCACAGUCCGCAGGAAGAUCCCUUAAAUAUAAAUUUUUUAAGGCACGCUGGGAUAUUUACUGCAGAGGAGGUAGUUUAUAUCGCGAGGGAGAAACUAAUUAAGCUUCAGUCCCUUUACAUUGAUCAGUUUAGAAGAUUGCAAUAUAUAUUGAAGGAAAAGAGACGAAAGUACCUGGUCGCUCUCAAGAAGGAAAAGGAGACAUUGUGUAGCAUACAUGAUCAGACCAAAGAAACUGCGAAGGAGAAAAAGAUUUAUGAAAAGCUGAAAGCUUUAAAUCGUUAUCACAGACGAAGUGGCGUCGAGGCUAUACUUUAUAGGAAAUCGUUGGAACGUCGUGCGCAAGUAACGGAAGGACCCGCUCAGAAGCCACCAAAUGUGUCCAAGUGCAUAUUCACCGAAGGUGGUGUGAAGUGCGGCGAGAGGACUCUUCCAUCGGCUAAAUAUUGCCGCAAACAUAUUCUAAAGGAUCAACAUCAGGUUCUGUUCAAAGCAUGCGGAGCAGUACGAGCGGAUAUCGAAUGCCACGAGCCGGUACCUGUAAUCUUCGAUUCUAACUGUGUGUUUCACAUGAAUUUGCCACCGCCGUGCAAAUUGGAACCUAUGAAGUUCGAAGAGCAAAAACCCAUGGCACAAGAGACGUCACUGACUGACAGCCAGUCCAUGGAGAUUGACGUGGUGGGUGAGGCCCACGAGAUUGACCCCGACGAUGAUAUGGCGGGUCUCAUGAGAGAGAUGAAUGACUCCGCUCAUAAACCAACGUUCAACGAGAGCUUGAACAGUGAAACUAGUACGGACACGGCAUUCAGUUUGUCGGCGCAAAUGAGCGAUCGAGACGAGUUUGUCACCGUAUGACAAAAUGUCCUGAUGUGAUUUUCGGAGUAGUUUUUUUUUUGUUAUUAUGUGAUUACACUUAGUUGAUCGAGGCAUCAAGCGAAAGGAAAUGAAAGGACCAUUUGCUCUUGACGUUAAUAUCAAAUGAAGGUGCAGUAGCCCGUCGUAUCCGCAGUUAAUUCGUGGCAAAUCCUGUACAAAAGUCGCUUCUCAUUUGCAUACUUGAUAAAAGAAAAAUUAUUAUUCAUAUAAAAUCAUAUAAUUAUAAAUUAUAUAUCACCGCGUGUGAUCCGUGCAUGAAUUUUGCUCCUAUAUGGUAAUUUGUAAUAAUGUAUAUAAAAUUAUGUCUAAGAAAGAAAGAAAGAAAAUAGAGACGUGAUAUAAUUUAAAUAAUGAAUGAAUGAGAAUGAAAGAAAGAAAAGGAAAAUUUUUUCAUUCGAUUCUGCGUCUGCUUCAUCGGCUGUUAUAAAUAUAAGAGGUUGAUUGUACUUAUACGGCAGUAUUUCUCUCAGUAUAGACAUGUAUAAUUAUUUAUACGUGACUAUCUGGAAACAAAAUUCACGUAUAUUUAUAUAUAAUUAUUUUCUCUCAAGUACAUGAUAAAUUGUUAAAUUGCGCGCAAUAAGACAUUAGAUGAUAAAAUAAAAUAACUGCAGGUACGAUGAUUCUACUGUAAUUACACAUACACACACACACUUUACGUGCGUAAGCGGUAAAGUUAAUUAUCAUGUAACAUUGCACAUAAUGUGAAAUUGUUUAGUCAGAACUUCUGGUCACAGGAUCCUUGGUUGACGACAUCAGAAGCGAGAAAAUCUGUAGUAAAAAUUCCUAAACGGAUUACAUCGAAGUAAAAGGAUGUAUCAUCCACAUAAACUGACGCUUGCGAUCGAUUGAAUGCAUCUUUCAAAUGCCUCGAAUUUCUCGCUUCUGCGGUCCUCAUUCGAGAUGACUGCUGUGAGGAAGCAGGGGCCUUAACGUUGACGCAACUUUCAACAUUCGAAUAUAAUCUGGAGAACAGGUUGCACGUAACUUCUCGACGUUUCUUUUACGCGCAGAGACACAUAGGCCAUGAGGUACGAGGAAAAUAAGGUCCUUAGUGAUUUAAUUUAAAAGAAUGAAAGGAUUUAUAAUUUUAUCAUUAUUUAUUUAAAUAAAAGAGCCAUAGGUCUUCCAUGUA